AGUUUGCUCGCGAGCUCGUUCACAACCGGUGUGAAUUCUGUUCUCGGUGAUCACUGUUUAUUGAAGAAUUGACUAGUGAUAAAUGUGAAUUCUUAUUAUUACAACAGCUCAUUCAACGGCAUAAGGUUUAUUUAGCAGAAAAACAAUGAAAGUACCCAGAUACACCAACGAUGCCGUCCAUUGGUUCAUAAACGAGCUGACGUCCAGAAUAGUAGCAGAGUCAGGAAUACCCAGUGACCGUUAUCACUUAGGCAAAAUACUAAUACAGAGCCUGAAAGAUGCUCCAGAUUUUCUAACACAGGUUAAUCUUACACACAGCAGCACGUCCGGUUACCAUAAUAUAUCAAUCAAGCUAUUCUCCCGUGAUUUCGAUGAUGUAGCUUACCGUAGAAGAAUUUUCAUGAUCGGUGCAACAUUUCCAAAGAUUUCCCAGAAACAAACAAAACUUAGAAACUUUACGUCUAUUUUAAUAUUGGUUUAGUUUUUGCUCAAUAGAUUUUGAAUACUUCUCUUAUUACAUUAAAUCUGACGAACUUUGAAUUAAAAUUUAAAAAACCCUCUUUUAAGACGAUCUGUUUUUAUACAUAGUCUCGAUAAUAUAAUAUUCGUCAUUAUAUCUAUCUCCUAUUUUUGGUUAUCCUAUAAAUUACUAAAUCCACCAAAGCAACUUACACUUCACACUUUUCCAUAAAAAUAGACCCUGAGUCCCCCGUCUAUUAAUGUCUCCACUGCUGCUGAAACAGAUUCGAUAGGGAGGAUAGGUUAGACCCACUAAGCAACAACGUGGGUCCAGCGUGGAUUGGCGUUGCAAAUGCUGGAGACAUCAUUACAACGGGGAGACCAAAUUCGAUUUUUAAUGUUCCUCACUGCAAAACACAAUAUGGUUACCAAAAAAUUCUAGUCAACGAUUUAAAUUCCAAAUGAAAACAUACUUUAUAUUAAGCCUUUUUAGAUCGAUGGAGCUACAGACGAGAGAGAAAACAAUAGCUCUGUAUUGGAGCGUACGGUACGUUGUGCCAAUGCAAUGAAAGCGGCUAGUCUUAAAGUUGGAGAUGUGGUAAUUUUGAUGGCGCCUAACCACAUAGACCUGGUGAUACCUUUUUACGCGGCUCUAUACCUCGGCGUCAUCGUAGCUGCUGUAGAUAGGACUUUGGGUAUCCGUAUAGGAACUCCGUAAUUCUUUCAACAUCAACAGACCUAGAAUGGUGUUUUGUCAAAACGAAAAAGUGUCAGAUAUUCAAAAUGCUCUUGAUGGACUAGAACUCGAUACACUCAUUGUCACGUUUGAUAAGGGUGAUCUUUGUAGUUUCAAUAAAUUCCUUGAGCGUGGUAUAAACGGUCCUAGUGUAAACGAAUUCAGGCCUACCGAUUUCAACCCUGAAGACACCAUAGGUUUACUAAUUGCUACAAGCGGUACAACGGGUUUACCGAAAUCUGCUGCAGUAACCCAUAAAAGUUUAGUCAUAAGUGGACCUUAUUUAUGGUCGAGAUUUCAUAACUUUCCAACGCCUACGAAAAUAGCACUGGUCGGAUCACCGCUGCAAUGGAUGUCAGCCCUAGUUAAUUUCUAUCUAUCUACAAUUUUCCGAUACACAAGGUUGCAGUCAUCAAUGGAUUUGACGCAGAAACAUGCUUACCACUUGAUCAACACAUACAGACCUACUUUCACAAUAUUCAGUCCAACGGCAAUGACGACUUUGCUAAAAUCAGAUGAUCGGGAUCAAUGUGACUUCACGUGUUUAGAUCUAAUCAUGCUAGGGGGUAGUGCUGUCCCUCGAGAUCUUAUUGAAGAAAUUAAGAAAAUAAUACCAGAAGCAGAGGUGACAGAUACAUAUGGAGCGUCAGAAUUGAUAACACUUGUGUUCCAGAGCGACAAUGCUCCACAUGGAUCUUGUGGAAAGCCCGUAGGAUGCUUUCAAUACCGUUUAAUAAAUGUUGAAACAAAAGAAGAUAUAUUUGAGCCUCGUGUGCCUGGAGAAUUAUGGGUUAGAGGGCCUGGUAUUUUUAAGGAAUAUUAUAAUAACCCUAAAGCAACUGAAGAAGCAUUCGCUGAGGGUCGCUGGUUCAAAACUGGGGACAUGUUUUAUAGAGAUGAGAACUGGAAUUUUUUCUUCGUCGAGAGAAUUAAACUGUUACUAAAAUAUAGAAGUUAUCAGAUAUCACCUGUUGAAAUAGAAGGUGUGAUUCGUCAACACCCAGGAAUACUGGACGCGGCUGUAACGGGUAUUCCAGAUAAGGAGCACGGCGAUUUACCUGUCGCUUGUGUGGUCAAACGGCCUGGCCACAAUGUCACUUCACAGGAAAUCAAGGAUUUAGUGAAAGAGUCACUGUCUGACGCGAAGCAGCUUAGAGGUGGCGUGAUCUUCUUAGAUGAGAUACCGAUGACAGCAUCUACAAAAGUACAUAGAAGAAGACUCAAGGAAAUUGCAAUGAACAAAAUAUAAAGAUAUAGUGUUAGCAUGGAUUAUUAGUCUCUAGUGUUGAUUAUUGUUAUAGUGAAUUUAAUAAAAAAUCUUUUGCAGAUUUUG